CGGGUAGCUUUUCAUUGUCUCCUCCUCCCAUUUUGCGUUGUUCCAAAGUAUUCCACUUCUUACGUAUCAACAAAAACACACAAAGAUGAUGAUCCAUUUUCAAGCGCACAUGAUAAUCAUGUUUUUCAUCUUCUUUUUCCUCGGAGCUUCAGCCAUGGCUGAAGCUGGACCACGGAACCCACUAGUGGACCUCUCCACACCGGAUGAAUUAUUAAGUCUAGCUGGCUAUGGAGAAGAAAAGCUCUCCACGGUGAUUGUUGGCGGGACUUUACACUGCGAUACAUAUUUCAAUAGGAAGUCCAUUUCGCAUCCAAUCUCCGGAGCAUUGGUUGCGGUUUCAUGUGAUAAUAACAAGAAAAGAAGUAAAUCGAACUGGGUAAGAGGAAAAACUGACGAAUAUGGAGAUUUUCUCAUUGAUCUUCCUUCUCAUCUUCAUGCGAUUUCAAACAUGGAAAAGAGAUGUGUUGUUAGAAUUGUUCAUCUACCCAAGAUAUCUCCCUGCCACAGGCGGUUUACCAGUAAACACAUAAGGAUAAAGCUGACAUCAUCAGGGAACGGAAUUCGUACAUAUUCAACUGAUGAGAUUCAUCUGGGACAUAAACAACAACAUUCACAGCCAUCCAAGAAUAUACGAAGCAAGGGAAUAAGGAAAACAGCACAACACAUGUUGUGAUGAUAAGGAAUUAUAGACCCUCUCACGAAUCACAAUGGCGCUGCAGUCACAACAGUGAGUACUUGUGGAAAUUGAUAUUGGUUUAUCCUUCGGUUUGUAUGUAUACUUAAAUUCCAGGCAAAUCCUAAGAGAGAAUGCAUGUACAUAAAAAUAUAGUAUUUCCUUGUAAGAAAGAAGGUAUUAUAUAGUAAUAUAUAAUACAAAAGAGUAU